GCAGAAGCUCCGCCCCCUCGGCAGGUGUACUUUACGCCUUGUCUGGCUUGUUUCAUCCGGCGGAGACAAAUAGUUACAGAAAGGAUGCAUCGCUUCGCGCUUUUCCUCCUCCUGGUUUGGACAGGAUCCCAGCUGGCUGGAGCUUUAGUCUUUGAGAUCCACAUCCGGGUGGUUGAAGGUCAGGCCGUCACUCUGCCGUGCCGCGCUCCCAACAUGGUGGACCCCAUCAAAUACCUGGAGUGGAGCCGACCCGACCAGAAGAUGUCCUACAUCAUCCUGUACCGAGACCCGAACUUCUACCCGGACUUCCAGGACCGGGCCUUCCGGGACCGAGCCGACCUGCUGGACAAGGAGAUGAAGGAGGGCCAGGUGUCUCUGGUUCUGAGGAACACCUCGGCGGCCGACAGCGGCGUGUACGAGUGCCGGGUGGUGCAGGCGGUGAGGAACCGCCAGAAGAGAUCGGUUCUGAUCGCUGAGCCCAACAUGGUCAUCAAGCUGAGAGUCAGUCCAGAAUAUCAAAUCCACGACGACGAUGGCGCCGCUGCUGCUGCUGCCGCCGCCGGCGCCGCCUGGCUGGACCGCAGGAGAAACCAGGACGAAGAUGGCGAUGAUGAUGAUGACGAGGUCCAGCAGUAUCUGGCCUUCCUGCUGCUGGUCGGCGCCGUGACGGUUCCUCUGCUGGCGCUGACCACAUGCAAGUUAUUCAGAUCUUUUCCGAUGAUGAGCUACAAACCCGUCUCCAAGUGACCCGAGGGACCAAGAACCAGCAGGAAAUGCUACUGACAACUUCCUGUUGGCUGUGGAGUGGAACGCAGAAACUCCAGAUAUUACCAAGUGUUUUUAGUCCAGUUUCUCUAUGAACACCUGAAAUAAGACUAAGAUAACUUAACAACUUCAUCUGAAUAAGACUGACAGGACAUGAUCAUAAAACAUGAAGGAGUUUUCAUUUAUGACACUCGUAAAGCAACGUUGACACAUUUAAUGGACUUUAAAAGCAAUUUUCCAUCAAAUCUGACUCUUCAUGACAACAUUCAUAAAGACUUCUUCAUGUUCAUAACGAGUCUUAUGUCAGUCACUCUUAUUCACACCCUUCCUAUAAAGUGCUAUGCAACUUUUGAGGUAAAUCUAGAUCAGUGUUUCUCAAACUGUGGCUCCCGGACCCCUGGUGGUCUGUUGGCGCCCCGUCGAGGUCCGUGAGGUUCAGCACGUAAACAAACAAUUAUUUGCCGUUAUUUCAGCACAAAGUCCAACUCUACAGCUAGCUUACCAAAGGGUUGUGUUUAAAAAUAAUAAUGGAUAAAUGGCUAAAGACCAAAAUAAAGCCUGAAGAAAUCGCUGGAAACCUUCUCAGGGUGAAAUGCAGAACUUUUGUACUUUUUUAGGAUACAAAGCUUGACACAGACAUGCAGGUCUUGGCGUGGGGCUGCGCUGCGACAUGACAACCUGCAUCGUAACAACUAGAACUAAAUUAUUUAUGUUAAACUUUCUACUGGCUGAAGAAAAUGUUUGUUUUGCCAAAGCAUCUCAAAUCUGUUUUCUUUUAUUGUCCUUCUAAAGUGCAAAUAGCCAAGUUUUUAAUGCACACACGACACUUCCAGUAAAAAACGUUUUUCAUUUCCAUGUAUUUUUUAUUAUUAGAAAGCUUAGAAUCCACACAUUAAGAAUCUGAAACGACCUCAAAACGCCCCGAGUCGACGUAUUCAUGGUUUUCUUGUGGCCAGUCACAUUUACAAAGCGGCGCCACCUUCAGAUCAGGAGGAACAAAAAACAAUGAGUUCAGAGACUAACUCUUCAUUUCAGGUUUUAUGUGUUAAGAUGUUGGGUUGUUGGGGGUUCAUUUAAAAUCCGGUGGUCUGUGAGUGUUUGGUAAAUUCAUCAAGUGAUGCUCAGCCUGAAAACUGAUGUAGAAUCUUGUUUUACGUCAAUAAUUUCUUAGUAUUGAUUUUAAAAUCUACUGAUUCUACUGGCAGAUUAUUUCACUUUUAAGUGAACUAGUAUUUUAUUAUAUUAAGGGUUGACUGACCUAAAACAAGCUGCUGAAACGUUAAUUAGUUUUGUCUUAUUUCAACUCUGUUAGGAUAUUUGCUGUACGAACACUGAAAAUCCUUGUUCAUAUUUAGUUUUUGGGUUCAGUCUGGGUUUUGCUCUCUGGAGUUCCUCGUCUAGUUUACUUGAUUUUUUACUACAUUUGGUUCAGAGAACCGUUAUAUGUUGAAGGUUCUUUAAUGAUUUUAUGUAUUUUAUCAAGAUGAUUCUAUUAACCCGGAAAUGUAACGGACCACCGGGCCACCGGGCCACCGGGCCACCGGGCCCGCCACGCUCAGAACUAUGGAAGUAAAUAUGUGCCAUCAGAAUUUGAAUAAAAAAUACCUCUGAAAUUU